ACUGCUUCCCAUCCAUGAGCGACGAGUACGAAGUCGAGUCUGUGACAAAGGCGCGCGUUGAUGCGAAGCGGGGCAAGAGAAUUAUAUGGAAAUUCUAUGUUAAAUGGAAAGGGUACGGCUGGGAUGAUAGCACUUGGGAACCCGAAAAAUCGUUUACAGGCGGCUCGAAGCAUUUCCUCAAGACGUUCUGGGCACAUGCUUUAACACGCGGCAGAGACCAUACGAACCCACAGCUUUUUGAGAAAGGGGAGGAGGUUCACGUUUCGGGUUUUCCUGGGGCGAAUCCACGCCUCGAAAAUAAAUCUAGUAGGGACAACGUGCAAGGAUCACCUGAGAGAUCCGAUGACGAUUCCUCCGAUGAUGAACCCUUGACCACGAAGAAGCGCCGCAGGCAUCAAAUACCCAUGGGAGAGCCGAAGGCAAAACGGAAGCGCGAGUCAGAACCUGGCAUUUCUGGUAGUGCCUCCGCUCAACGAGUGAGGGCCUUUGGGCCCAGAAGCAAAGCCAAGUCGUCACCACCGACGAAACAAAGGCGUGCUUCGUUUCCAGGCCCUCGCAAAGUUGAGGCUGAGCGUCAGUUUUCCCUAACCAAACUGACCGACGCGGACGCUGAAGGGGAGCUUGACAUGGAUGUCUUUGGAGAAGUGGAGGAAGAGUUGAUGUUGAUGAGCCCCGAUGACCCUGAUACUCGGGACAUCCCAAACCCCCCGGCUGAUCCUGCCAAGGUCAAUGGGACAGUCGUGGAGUUCGAGGACCUUCCAAGCUACUCGCCAGACAUCGAGGACACCAUUGAAGUCAGUCAAGCACGCGAAGAUGGAAUUCUUUCGGUCGAUGAGGAACGUAGCUCACCUGACCCUCUUUUCGAUUCUCCUUCGCAACUAAGGAACGGGGACGGAUCUCGGUCUCCCGUCGAGCCAGCAGUACCUUUGCACCGUGCUCGGGUGGCUAACCCUUUGGUCAAGUUUAUCGAUGCUCCGCGGACGGACAAGGAUUCAGGGAUGCUAGUGGUAGUAGGAGCAUCCUUAAAGGCACGACCUAAACCUGGUCCUGGUCGACCUUCCGCUGGUUCCCGGAGCAAGAUUCGGAGUUCCUUAUUGACAGCCACGAAGCGUGGCCUAACCAGCGUGAAGGGUCGCUCCGGACCGGCAAAGGAUUCAAGGGAAGAACCAGAACCAAUUGAAGAUGCGCUAGAGUCGUCUCAUCUUACAGAGCGUGAAUUUGCCAUCACAUCCUGGAGCGAUGAAGAUACUGUGGGGGAGAUGUAUCAUGAGCAUCAAACAAUUGCACCCUUAGCUGACCAGAUGGAGCCUGCGUCUAAUCCUCCUGCUCCUUUGCCAGUUCCCUCCGGACAUGAAUUGUUGGAGAUAGCAGGUUUGAAGCCGGAUAUGGAUGUGCUACCUGACUUCGAAAAUGAAGCGGAUGUUGAACAGCCGCCUCAACCCACGAAUGUAAUCUCAGUAGAAAUUCUCGCUGAUGAUGUUCCAACCGAAGAUGCAACUCCGGCUACCAUGACCAUGGAAGACGAAGCGGCACGAAAAAGUCUUGCAGACGCCAAAGAGCAGCUGUUCCCGUCUGUGCAUACCACUUCGGUUACGUCCAUCUCAAACUCUUCCUGGAGGACGUCAAAAGACAACACUAUCUUUGGACCAAUGUAUAAGAUACAGGGGCCAGCUCAAGAACCCACCAACAUCAACGAAUCUGUUCCCACAUUUAAGCUCAUUCUGAAUGCGAAUGCGCCACCUGUUCCACUUGUGUUGAAAGAUCCAAACAACAUGAAAGGGGUUUCAUUCACCGACAUAUAUGCUGAUAAGUCGCUGGACGGUCGAGCGGGGUCGUUCUAUCAAUUAGAAGAUGCAGUCAGGAUCGUCAACACUUUCUCAGGCCUCGGCAGCGCGAGGGUUGUACCCGAUUCCUCCGUGGACGACACCCACAAGACACAUUUCGACGUAUUUCAACAACGUCUGCAAACUGGCCAGAUGUUUGUUGCCAAGGCUGGGAAAGAGUUACUCGUCUUUUUCAGCUCGCAGAAUAUGGAGAUCUCGGGGAAGCUUGCCCCGCCGCAAGCACUGAUAGGUCUUGCGAACACGGUACUCUUGAUGCGCGUCCAGAUUGUCGAUAGUACUGGAUAUGCGAAUGCUGUCAUGCAAAUCACUGCGAUGUAA